AUGUUCCCAGGCUCUACGCGAGGCACGCCGCCGUGUCGUCCUUCCCAGAAGCAAGCUUCACCCGGUAAAGCAGACGAGCUCAACGGAGCUGGUACCGGUAUCGCAGCCAGCGCCUUUCCACGCCCUCGAGGCUUCAUCAAAUCGGCACAGCACAGCACGUCUUCAAUGAUACGAGGCUCUCCUUUUGUGGUCUAUUUCGACGGAUUCCGUGAAAUACCUGUUUGCCGUAUGGGACUCUUGCGUCACCGCCAAAAGAGAUGGAUGUGGCAACUGUGCUGUGCUGGGUUGGACUGGACUGGCUUAUCACCCACUCACUCACUCUGGCCCUGGAUUCUCGACUGUCCCAACAAGGUUGCAUGA